GCAUAACGUCAUCAACGAUGUUAAAAUACCCAUCGAAUCGAUAACCGCUACGCUCAUACGCUGCUUUUGAGACGAGCUAAGCGUCUCGAACAAUUCAAACACUACGCGAACGUUGAACCGUGUGAAAGUGAUUUCAGUUGUAGUUAAUAAUGAGGAAAUUAGCAUUUAUUGCGGCGAUAUUGUGCUGUACAAGCAGUUCGGUGCAGCCAAAGCAAAUCACAGCAACUUGUUCCUGGGGUGAACCAUUAUCCGGCCGAAUAGAUCCGUUCGCCUGUUACAUUCGCAUUCUCUUCAAGUAUACGCCAAACGACACAUUGAGUUUCAACAGUGAAAUCGAUGCUUCGGAAAUAAAGGAAGUGAAUUUCUGGUUACCGACUGCCUCACGCUAUCAAUGGGACAUCGCAUUCAUUCCCAAGGAAAUUUUCGAGAAAUUUUCGCAGUUGAAAAGUUUCACAUUGCCAGGCCGAGUCGGAACAAUAUCCCAUGAUGAUUUUGCACAAGCAUCGAACCUUAUUCGCUUGGCAUUUGGCAAUCAGCUCAAAGUGAUACCAGGCAAUGUCUUUGAUCGACUUACCAAACUGGAAAUAUUAGAUUUGUCAUGGAAUAAAAUCACAUCGAUUCACGAAAAUGGUUUCAAAGGUCUGAGUAACUUGCGAACACUGAAAUUGAAUCGAAAUCAGUUGCAAAGAUUUAAGUUGCACACAUUCGAAAAUGUACCCCUUUUGGAAGAGCUUCUCCUCAACAACAAUCACAUUGAAACCAUCGAAGAUGGUGUAUUGAAACUUCCGAAUUUGAAACGAUUGGAUUUAUCGCACAACAAACUCACGGAACUAUCGAACUUGAUGUUCAAAGACUGUAUGCAAUUGGAAUACCUGGACCUACGUUCAAAUCACAUAACAUCACUCAGACGAUCAGUUUAUAGCCUGGGUAAUUUACAAUAUUUGAACUUGGACAACAAUCGAAUCGCAGAUAUUUACCUACGAGCCCUGGUUCGUCUUCCGGCUUUGGAGCAUCUUUCAAUGGAAAACAAUGGCCCAUCACUUAACGACAACAUCUUUGUAAGCGAAUCAAUGUCGGGCAGCUCAAAAUCGGUGAUCAAAAACCUCCUUUUAUCCGGCAAUGAUCUGAAAAAUCGUGAAAUUCUCGUUCGACUCUGGUCGUUCGGCCUAACACAAUUGGAAAAGUUACACCUUGACAAUAAUGCAUUCGAAUACAUUGAUUUCUAUCCGAUUUACGCGUUUCCCAAAUUGAAGGAAAUCAAUUUGGGCAAAAACUAUUGGAAAUGCGAAUGGCUGGGGCAAACGUUGGAAAAACUCGAAACAGAUGGUAUCAAAGUGAAUUUGUUCAGUAGCCGUUUUCCCAGUUCAACGUCGUUCAAACACAUUAAUUUCAUUCCGUGCAUUUGAGCGACAAUGUACAUAAAUGUCCGAAGGGGAAAUAAUUUCGACUCAAUUUCGUAUUAAGUAAAUUGUUUUUUAUGCAAGAUUCAAGCUGAAUAAAAAAAAUGAACACA